GUUUUUGGUAACGUAGGUUACUUAGUCUUAUCAUUUCAACGCGGACGUUUGGGCAGCAACAUCAUCUACAGAAUCGUUUUCUUGUAUAAGAGUGACGACUGAUGAAUUCAAGAUGUGUAUGAGGCAAAUGCUUAUCUCAUUUGCGCUAGCACAGAUUACUCUAGUAGUAGCGGUCUCAGCUGGGGUAUGUUAUAUCAGCACGGAACCAGAUGAAUCCGGAAGGGUCCGGUUCGUUCUACCACCGGAGGAUCCGUGUUCCUGCACUCGGAUCAAGAUUGGCGGACACAACACUGUUGCGCCACACAGAGCGACUCCACCGGCUUACUUGGAUUCCUUACCGAGUGAUGCUAAGGCGUUUCGUCAAUCGCAUCGGUGCACGGAAAUGACUACCACCAAUGCGGACACGACGACUGUUGCAACUACCACUCCCGUAGCAGAAACGACGACUGUUGCAAUCACCACUCACAUACCAGACACGACGACUGUUUCAACUACGCAAGAGUUGCUCAAGACGGCCACCGUCACACCAUUUUCGGACUGUCAGGCUAUUUUAGAUGCGGGAUACACUAAGAGUGGUUUAUACACUGUCCGAAUCACUAGUGCAGAUACAGGAGCAACCACAAAAGUAGAUGUAUACUGCCACAUGGAGAACAACGAAGGUUUCAUUGUCAUUCAGAGACGCUACGAUGGUUCAGUAGACUUCAAUCGCAAUUGGAACGAGUACAAAGAAGGUUUUGGAGAUCUAACUGGAGAAUUCUGGUGGGGAAAUAAAAACCUUCGAAGCUUCACCGAACCUGGUAACUCAUGGAAACUGCGUGUAUCUCUUCAUGCAUUUGGCGGUACAAACAAGACGUAUGACUACGGCGUGUUUAGCAUCGAUGGAGAAUCCUAUGAUUUAACUGUGGGCGAUUUUAGAGACAGACAGGAGGACGAUGGUCUCGAUAGUCACCGAGGAGCAUUUAGCACGGCCGAUGCAGACAACGAUGGUUCGGGAGCCAAGAACUGUGCCGCGGAACUCAAUGGAGGAUGGUGGCACAAGAAAUGCAACACUUAUGACAGUUUCUUGAAUGGUGUAUACAGUCCAACCCGACCAGCUGCCUUGAACAAGGGGAUCAAAUGGACACCAUGGACAGGUUUGACUGACUCGCUGAAAGGAUGCGAAAUGAUGAUCAGGCCUUAACUACAAAUCAUAAGCCUAACAAAAUUAAGGGUGAAACUAUUUAUUAAAAAAGAGCCUCUCUCCAACAAUCGGGUGAUUUUGGCUACGAAUCCCACCUGAUUGGUUUUCACAGUAGCUCUGAGUGUACAGUGCUUAAAAUACAUAAACAUUAAAUGAGUAAAAUUCAACUGAUUUCCUACAUAAUUUUUUUUUUAAGGUGGUAAAUUGUCAAUGUCAAUUGGAACAGUUUAACAAAAGACGAAUAAGAAGAAUGACAACACGUGACAUUUAUAACAAAUAGUGAGGAAACGCAAAACGACUGGAAUGCUUUUUUGAAAUUAAUGGACUAUCAAUAUCUAGGCCAAUACAUUUCGAUACAUUAAUUAAUAUUGUCUU